GCCGCGCGUGUGUUGUGAAUCUGUGAGCAAAUCUGAGCGAUGCGAAACAGAACAAAUCAACAUAUUUCACACAUUUAUAGAAAAAUAAAUGCGAUAAAUGAUUCAGUCGACGUUGUCCCUGCUUUUGAUGUGUCUAUGCGAGCACAGUUAUGAUCUUCCUCUCGGUGUCAGAUGUCUACAGGACUGAUGCCUAGAAUGAACAGGACAGUUGUGUUGACUCUCCUCAUCACAACCAGCUCCAUAUUUCUCCUCUUUCAGCUCUAUUACUACAGACAAUAUGCAUCAAAGAAUGAACUGAAUAUUUUGGGUAGUAAAGGUUAUCUUUCUGGUAAAGAGGCACAAUGGUAUUUGGUGAAGAAGUUCCUGGGGCUUGUCCAUAAGUUUAAGAUGCCUGUAUUUCUGGUGGACAUCGCCUCGCUGAACCUCCUGUCCCAGGAUGCCGUUCUCUAUAAGGACAGUCAACAGAAAGAAGCUCACUGCAGUUUUCUGUGCACGCACAGAGACUUCACUACAUUUGCUUUGCUGGAAAACCUCUGGAAAUAUGAUCAGGAUGUCUUGUUGAAAGCGGCAGAGGAACGGGGUCUGGAGGUGCUGGAGAUACGUGGAAAGGACCCGAGGCUGACGAGCAUGGAUGAUAUGACUGGAAAUGAAAUACCGUUGCACUUUCUGUUUCGAUUAAACGGUCAUAUAGUUCAUGUGGUAAUACUGUACGAGCGCAGCGGCAACUACCUGUGGCACGGGCCGCUUCGAUUAAAGGCCAGUAUGGAUAAGACUUUCAUCCCAUCCGUUGAGAAACUGGACUUUGGGCGUUACGCAGGGGCUUAUGACAGGCCAGAACUCAUUCUCACCACUCUUGAUGGACUCGAUGUGAGAAUCCCCAAAAACUACUCGCGUUUCCUCCGUGAGCAUUCCGGCAGCCGCUUUCUGGAGUGUCGCUGUAAAGAAGCCAGAGCUUUCUACCAGUCGUAUCCAGAUGAGACCUCUCCAGAUGUGAUGGACUUCAAGAUGAAAGCUAAAAGUCUUCUUCAUCUGGCUUCUAAAGUUCUCUCUGGGCUUGGGGUUCCUUUCUGGCUCAGCAGUGGAACCUGUCUUGGCUGGUACCGGCAGUGUAAUAUCAUUCCUUACAGUAAAGAUGUUGAUCUGGGGAUUUGGAUUAAAGAUUAUAGACCUGACAUCAUUCAGGCAUUUCAGAAGGCUGGUCUCCCUCUGAAACACAAGUUUGGGAAGGUUGAGGACAGUCUGGAGCUCUCGUUUCAGGGAAAUGACGUCAAACUUGACAUUUUCUUCUUUUACGAUGAUGCAGAUGUUGUCUGGAAUGGAGGCACGCAAGCAAAGAGUGGCAAAAAAUUCAAAUAUGUGUUCCCACGAUUCAGUCUGUGCUGGACCGAGCUGGUAGACCUAAAGGUGCAGGUUCCCUGCGAGACUUUAGACUAUGUGACGGCUAACUACGGUCCCAACUGGAAUGUUCCAGUGAAGGUCUGGGACUGGAAGAGCUCUCCUCCCAACGUACAGGAGAAUGGAGUCUGGCCUGUGAGGGAAUGGGAUGAUGUCAUUCAAGUUUAUUGAAUGGUCAUCGGAGAGACAUGAGAAAGUGCAUAGUUGGGAUUUUAAACAAGGAAACCACUUUGAACUUGAAAACAAGCCCACGUGGAAAACCUUUUUGAUGUAUGAAGGACCACGACUGUCUUUGUAAAACUAUAAAUUAAUGUGUAAAAAUACUGUAUAGAGCGUUGUAGAGUUUGGCUACUUGUAAGUUUUAUUAAAUUAAACACUACAGUAAAAUGU